AUGUUUCCGGACAGCUACACAGGGAUAACAGGGUAUACUGCACAUAUUCGACUUAAGCAAGAUGCACAACCCGUGUACUAUCGACCAAGGCCUGUACCAUAUGCACUGAAACAACAAGUGGAGGAGGAACUUGACAAGUUGGAGCGCAAUGGAGUACUCGUGAAGACAGACCAGAGCGACUGGGCAACGCCAGUUGUGGUCGUGCCCAAAGCCGACAAAACCGUUCGACCCUGUGGUGACUACAAGGUAACAAUCAACCAAGCAGUUGACGACGAACAGUAUCCCUUACCAACCUCGCAAGAUCUGUAUGCGGAACUUAGCGGAGCAAGAGUCUUCACCAAACUGGAUUUGUCACACGCAUACGCCCAACUCAACGUUGACAAGGAAAGUCAACCGUUCCUGACUAUCAACUCACAUAAGGGCUUGUAUUCGUAUACAAAGCUGCCCUACGGUGUGAAGAUCCCCAAAGAUCUUCCAGUCUGUCAUGGACAAAAUGCUGCAAGGCAUUCCUCAUUGCUUGUGCAACCAGGAUGA